UUAAAAUACAGAUUUAUUAUUCCGAUGUAGAAAGCAAUCAAAGCAUUGUAUGUUUUGAAGAAAAAGUAAUUAGUUUUUUUACAUUAAUAUGGCGAAUGUUUCAAUAUUGCCCGAGGACUAUGAAGGAUUAAAAAAGGAGUAUUUAGUAGUAAAAAUGAGGUUGGACUGUGUUAAUCAGGACCUGCAUGAAAGCAACAGACAGUUAAAAAUAUACGAAGCGCUACAGCUGGAUUAUCAAGGUGAAAUUGAAAUAUUACAGGCAGAGGAGAAUUCUCGUAAGCUUAAAGAAGAAGAAAAAAUUGCCCAACUGGAGGAAAAUGUCAAUAAUGUAAGAUCAAAAUAUAAUAAACAAAUCGAAGCACUAGAAAUUAAAUCGACUUUGAAAGAAGAGGAAAUCAAAAAAUUGAAGGCCGAGAUAGAAUUUCUGAAGAAAAAUACUGGUACGCAGACACCCGCCGAUGAUGAGAAUAAGUUACUAGAGGAAUUAAUAACCUUAAAGCAUGAAAUUGAGGUUCUAUUGGAAAAGAAUGAAGAAUUAGAAUUAUCCGUAGAUAUACUCCAGAAGAAAUGUUUUUCAUUAGAAGAAGCUUUCACUGAAACUAAAAAAGAAUCGUCUAAUUUAAAAGAAAGCUUGUCUUGUAAGAGAGAAGAACUGAUGGAAGCAAACUAUUUGAUACAGAAAUUAAACGAUGAACUGUUCUGUCUUAAAAGCGAGUUAGAAUCGUACAAGAAUAAGCCACUAAAUACAGAGAGUAAAGGAAACUCGUUAUUUGCUGAAGUAGAUGACAGGAGAGUAUAUUUACAAAAAACUAUUAACACUAUGAAGUCUGAAUAUAUUGCCAUGAAGCAAGAACGUGCCAAACAUUUAAAUACGAUCUCUCAUCUGAAAAAAGAAAAUAAAACGCUCUGUGAGCAAUGGAAGAUGGACAUGGAGGAAAAAGAGGACGACCAACAUAUGGUGAUUAAAUCCUACAAGGAUCAAAUUCAAAUUCUGGAAAACCUGUUGGAGAAAUACAAAGAAGACUUGGCCGCUAAGCCGGUGCUCAUUUCUACAGGCACAUUCGACGAAAUCGAAUUCUACCAGAUAAUGCUCAAUAACAAAUUGAAAGAGCUGGAGGAACUGCGAGACCAGUUCAGAUCGAGGGGUUUAACCCACACGUUACUAUCCACCGCCCUGAAAGAAGCGAACAAAGAGAUACGGAAGUGGCGACUAGAGGCCACUUUGAAGCAGUGCCAGCUGGAGAUUCAACCCGGCGAUACAGUGUCCGAGAGCACCGUAACGGAGAAGACAAACGAAGUAAUGGGGGAGCCGCGGAUCGAAUUGAAGCCUACCAAGAAGGGGCCUCACUUGGCAUGCAGGAAGGAAGACAGUUGGGUGAUGGAAAGGAGCGUGGUUGUAAAGAAGGAAGACGAAGAACCAGCGAAAGAAGUUAAAGAGGUCAUUACUAUAAACGAUAGCAUGGACGAUCUGCAGGUCAUCAGGUCGGGCCUUGACGAGAACCAGGAAAGUCACGAAGAGAAAUCAGAUCACGGUAUUUUGAAAAACGAGAAUAUCGUAGCAAAGACCGAGGACCAUAAAGAUACUUACGUCCAAGAGGAUCCUGUCUGUUUGGUAGGAAAGGUUCGGGAUGACGAAGGGAAAGAAAAUAUUUGUGAGAAAGCUCCGAGGAAAGUGACGUUCUCGCAGAGCACCGUGUCACCCAAGGCGACGGACAGGACCAAUUUAAGGGCUAAUUGUAGGCGAAUUGUGGGACCCAAACCCAUUUAUAUACCCAGCGAGUAGCAUCUGUCUUGUUUUUAUAGA